CAACCUGUUACACAGAGUAGUUCAUUAUUUAUGUCGCCAGAUUGGUCGUCGUGUUGUUUUUCCCGUUUUUAUAAGUUAUUUCUUUUUGGUUUUAAGAUAAUUAAGUUAAUAAGGUAAUGUGCGGGUUAUAACUGCUUGUGCAGUGAUGGACGGCUGGGCCUAACGGCUGCACAUUUUACUUUAUAGGCAAUAUAAUUGGGCAUAAUGAUUUUGGCGGUAGUGUUCGUGUUGUUUUUGUGUUCGUGUGGUGGCGUGGAGCUGGCGGCGUGGUGCGAGGACGCGGCGGGGCCGGAGUUCUCGUUCUCGCCGGCGCGCGACGCGGUGGAGGGCCGCUACGCGCUGCGCUGGUGCCCCGCCGCCGCCGCCGCCGCGCCCGCGCGCCACUGGCAGCUCGUCGUCUGGGUGGACGACAGAAACGCUACCAAAUGUGUCCACGACCCAUUCCACUCUCACCCCAUCAAACACUCCUUGGUCAGCAAGGAUAUUGACCAAGAGCUUAAUUGCACAAAGCUGUGUCUGUCGGUAGACGUGGACCUGGUGUAUGCCGGCUGCUACACCGUGCGCAACACCCUGCAGUUCACACAUGAGAAUCCCAUCAACCAACAAAAGGUGAUGUACAUCAAUGAAUCCCACACGCUGGACUACUACAGCCAGAGUGAAAUCCUCGCCAUCACUGAGGGGAAAGACGACACGGAGUACGUGCGGCUGUCGUCGACGCGCGCGCCGCUCGCGCCCGGCUUCUCGCUGGAGCUGCGCGCCGACGACGAUGCCUUCGGCUCGGCGCAGCAGGUGGCGCAGCAGUGCCGGCUGUCUUCCCCGCUCGAGGCGCGCUGCGAGCUGCGCGGGCUGCGCGCGGGCCGCUACGAGCUCACGCUGCAGCAGCGCGCGGCCUGGGCCGCCGGCGCCGCGCUGCCGCCCGCGCUCGCCACCAUCGUGAUCGCCUUCAACCACACGGCGGAGUCAGCGCACGCGGUGGCGGGGGCCGGGGGGGGCUGGCCGUGGCCGUGGGCGCUGGCGGCGGGCGGCGCGGGCGCGGCGUGCGUGGCCGCCGUGGCCUGCGCGCUGCGACGACCACGGAGGCAGGACAAGGGAGAGAUAGCUACUACCACCCUAGCCGCAGUGGACACGGAGCCCCCGGAGCCGCGCGACAUAUUGCUGCUGUACGCGCGCGACGCGCCGCCCUUCAUGCGAGCCAUGGAGCUGUUCCGGGACAUACUGCGAGAUGCCACACAGGGGGAGGUGUACGACAUAUUCUGCCCGGCGACGGUGGCGGCGUACUCUGCGUCACCGGGCGCGUGGCUGCGUCGCUGCGUCGCGUCGUGUCGCGUCGUGCUGGUGGACACCCGGCCCGCCGCGCAGCUGUACACGGCCGGGGAUGAUCACGCGGCGCCGCUGCUCGGGUCGCGCGUGCUGUACCGCGCGCCGCAGUACGGGGACGCGCUGCUGCCCGCCGCGCUGCAGCUGCUGCGGGAGCGCCCCCCCCCGCGCCCCUACCGACACCUGUUCCUGUGCACCCUGUCGGAGCAGCCGUCAGACAUGAUGCCGCACGUGGCGCACUUCACGCGCUACGAGCUGCCGCUGGCGCUGCCGGCGCUGCUGCGCGACCUCGCCCCCCGCGCCUCCGCCCCCGCCCCCGGCGCCCCCGGCCUCGCCCCCGCGGCCCCCGCGCCGCCCCCGCGCAUGCCCGAGUUCACCGCCGCGCUCGAAGACUUCCUCAACUAUGCGCGCGAGAACCCCGACUAUUUGCAAGACAUAUUAACGUUCUUAGACUGACGGUGAGUCAGCCAGUGGACUACUUGUUGUGUUUCAGUGUAGUGGGUUGAGCUGUAGCUGUUGUUUGGUCAUUAACGUCGAGUUUGCGACGCUGAAGUCGUGGUAAAUGUGAUGUUGGUUAAACCGAUUAAAUUAUCAUCACAGUAGGUAGUUAUAGGUACCUACAUCUUUAUUUUCCUAGUCGGUGGUAUGGAAUCUGAGGCAUUGAUACUUACACUACGACCAUAGUGAGGGUGUUGAGCGCCAUAGUAUAGGCAAUCACUUAUAUUUUUGCAACAAUCGUGGGUAGUGAAUGAAUGCACAUACGCGAUUCUUAAAUAUCUUGAAGCCUUAAAAAUAUGAUACUUACUACUUUGAUGGUAAAACUAUGAUGAUAAUUAAAAAUUAAAAAAAGAAGAUCAAAACCCACCGCUCUAACAAUCGUGGAAAUAAAAACUGCCUCACGAAACAAAUAACAAUACACAAAUGAAUGAGAAUGAAACUGGAGUGCCUUUAAAAAAAUAGUUUAUUCUAGGUACCAAAGUUGUUGUAAAUAUUAGAUAGGUGUGUUACUGCGUUUUUUUUCUGUGGGACUUGUAAUCCCUGAAGAGUUGUUAUAGCAUUUAAGUAAAUGCCGGGUCAUUCUUAGUUUUUUAAUGUCUUCGGGGCCUAUAUCUAGGGUCUCUAUAAAUAUGUAUGUAUUUAAUUAAUUGAAGAAUGUGCUGUACAUCAUUACGAAUCGUUGAUUUUAUUUAUGAUGAUUGUAAUACCAAUUCAAUUAACUAAUCAAAAACAUCAUGUACCUACAAUUAGAUUAGAAAAAAUACUCUUGGGAUAUUUUUUGUGUGUUGUGUACAUGAAUCUAGCGGACGUUGCAAAAUCUUCAUUGCAGUUCAAUAUUAGAUAUAACUUAUGUUUAUUAUUGAUGUUCUGAAAUGGAAAAUGGCUUGAACGGCGGCGGGAGGUUGUUGCUAUUUGAUCAUUUUAAAGCUGGAUUCAUGAAACCUAAGUCAAAAUCUCAAUAUUUACUUACUUUAGUAUUUUUUUAGUUAGAAUAUUGUAAGUAGUUGCAAAUUAACAGUAAAAUUUUGUAUGUAAUUUUAUUUAAUAUUUUAUGUAGUUAUUAUACAAUUCUACAUAUAAAUAUUAUAUGUAUAGUUUAUAUCAAACGCAUCCAUAUCAACAUACAUACCACAUCUCUGCUGGAAAAGCACCCUAAGAAGGGCGUCUAGGAAGUUGGCAUAGUGAACAAAUUUUACUAUUAAUUACUUACAUAUAUUAUGUUUUUGUACGUAUGCAAGUAAAAAUAUGUGGGUAUUCUAUAUUUUAUUCAAGAUAGAGAUAAGUAUAAUAUUUUUGUAAAUAUUCUAUGUAUAUCUUUGUUUAUGCAAAAUGCAUCCUAUCCUAUGUUUCGUGUAGAAUGUAGUUAAUGUAGUUAUUGUUACAGAAAUAUUGUUGUAUAGAUCUAAAAUAAAAGUGAGAUGAAAGAGAUGGGUAAUGUAAGGAAUGCUAAACAAUGUGUUUUGGUAACAUGAACAAAAAAGUGAGACAAGGAGAGGUACAUCGAGCCAGUUGUUAAAUAUCUUAUUAGUAAGGAAUUAGCUAAUACUAUAAUAUUGUAUGUACUGUACCUUAUUGUGCGGGAUGCAAAGCAGAACAUACAUGCCAUGCCAUCCCUAUACUUAAAAAAAACAUAAACAUAAUUUACCCCACAGUUUUAUUGUAAAAAUAAAACCGUAACAAUUUGUACAAAACGAAAAAAGAAAUGAAUGCACCAUGCGCUAGCUGGACAAACAAUAAAUAUAUUUUGAUAUUUUAUAUAUUUUUUAAAUACAUACGAAAAAAUAUUGUUCGUUAAUUAAUUAAUAAUAGUAAAAGUAAUCAACAACCGUCGCUCAAUUUAGUCUUAGAAAUACUUGAUAUACUUACCUAAUAACAAUCUAACAGUUUCCCUAGUUUGGCAUUUCUAUCGUACAAUAAGUUUUAACAUAGUGAUGAUAAGUGCCUUGAGUUGUUGAAUAAUGUGAAAAUAUAUUUUUGAUGAUUGUUUUUGAUAA